UGUUGCCUCUGAAACCGCAUAACCAAAAAUAAAUAAAAAAAUUGUUAAAACGGAUCAGUGUAUUAUUAUUAUUAUUAUUAUUAUUGUCCACAACCGGAGUUCACCACGGUCACUAUAGUGCUCACCAUUGUACACGGUCGUGACAUCGUGACAUAAGGGCUGAGGAGAGUUCGCGCGCGAAAACCAAUCGCUCUUUUCGACACGCGGGUAAGUGGCCACCGAUGCGCUGGGAAUGUCGCCGCAUUUUCUCGACAGUAUUCAGCGGUCGUGGUUACCAUUAGGUCGUUGAUAAGUAGUAGUUCCGUGCGUGCGGGACCCGGUGUUUGCGGUUUACGGUGCUGGACGCGAGUCGUUGGAACCGCUGGAGCCGGAUUGCACGCGUUUCGUUGAAGGUACGCGGACGGCACGGAUACCGACGUGGUGAUCGCCUGCUAGUGUUCAGAUUGAUCGACUUAUGGAAACCUCGGAAGUCGACACGUCCAUUCUGACUCCGUUGCACAGUAACCGAUACGAUUACUUGCGCGCAGACGACAAAGACAACUUUGGUGAUUCGGCGUUUCUGGCCGAGAACCUUGACAAGGAAUUGCCUAAGACACUGCCCGAGCUGUCUGAAAUCACUGACAGCGAUACAUACCUACACAACAACGAACCGUCGCAGAUGAUGACUGUCGAUAGUUCAUGGACUGAAGAUUCAACUUCUUGUUUUCCUACAUCAACUAAUUCAAGUUUUCCUAUAGCACUUCCAGGUCCUAGUGAUUUUGAUGAGUUUAGUGGCCUUCAAUCUGAUUCCAGAGCUGAAACACCUGGAUUAGGGUUAAAUUCAAUUUUUACUGCUGAUGCUGAUUUAUCCGAUCCAACUGCUGAAAUAGGUGUUUGUGGUCUUCGAAAUCUUGGUAAUACGUGUUUUAUGAGUGCAGGUCUACAAGCUCUCUUGUCUACUGAGAGCCUUGUUACUUAUUUUUUGAAUUUUGACACUGAUGGAUCUGAAGAUACGUUGAUUGGACAAUUUUCUGAUCUUGCCAAACGUUUUUGGCAUGGGCAGUUUAGUAUUAUUAAUCCACAUCAGUUCAAAUAUGUAUUGGGAAAACGAUACGCACAGUUCCGAGAUUGCAGCCAGCAUGAUUGUCAAGAAUUUUUAGCACUUCUGUUAGACAGUUUAAACGAUGAACUAUUGAUGCAUAUUUCCAAACACUGCAAAAUAAUAACUUCACGUAAAACUCGUAAGUCUCCAAAUCCCAGAAAACUGUUGCCACGUGAUGUUGAUGAGUUUGUUAUUAGUUCGUCUGAUUAUGAAUUACCUCAAACUAUAUGUGAAAUUUUAACAGAAAAGUUAUCUGAGAAUCAAGACUUGCUGGAAAAAAUAGCAGACAAUUCCGACUCUGAUGUACAUGUGUCACCAAUUGAUAGUACCAUAUCUUCAUGCGAAUCGGAUAGUCAUAAAACCAAAGUUAAAAUUACUGAUUUGCUGAAUGGAAAAAGAGAAAUUUGUUGUGAUUCCUCAUCUGAUUUAAAACUUAUGGAUCUUAAGCGUGUAAAAUUAGAUGAUGCUAAACUAAAUAAAACAGAACUGGUGGAAGCUGAUUCAUUAGGGUCUACUGUUGAAAAUCGUACACAACAAGAAUCUAUCAUCAAUAGAAUAUUUCAAGGACAAUUUGAAAGUACUGUUACAUGUCUUGAGUGUAAUUAUGUAUCUGUUAUGCAUGAGCCUUUCAUGUAUCUUUCUGUACCAUUACCUUUUGCUACUCAACAACAAAUGUAUGUAACAUUUGUAAGUGCAACAAACAAACCACCUAUUAAAUACCUGAUUACUGUUAAUAAACAGGAUGAUAUUAAAAAAGUUAAAAAUGAAUUGGUUGCUUUGAUUGGGGAAGAUAAAUGUUCUGAUAUGUUGGUUGUUGCAGAAGUUUUCAAUAAACAUAUUUCAAAAAUACUAAGCGAUGACUACCUUGUUAGAAGUGUGGAUUACAAUAAUCGUGAUUUGUAUGCAUUUGAAGUGCUAGAAAUAAAUGUGGAUCUCAUGAACGGUGAUAAAGAGACAUGUACUGAAGGAGAUGCUCAUAUUGAGCCAAUGGAUGUAGAUUCUGGAACAGUUGAACAAGGAGAAACUUGUACCAUAUGCCUAGAAUGUAAACCUGAUAUGCUGCAUCAUAAAGAUAUCAAGGACUGUACUUGUGUGUUAUGUGAAGAAUGUAUUAAAAUGAGUUGUGUUCAUUCCAGUGGAGAAAAAGAUAGAAUAGAUUGUCCUGUUUGCAGAGUUAAAAUAGAUCCCAAAAUCGAUUUAAUUCCCAUUGAUCAACCUGCCAAUAGUAUAAAUCAAACUAUUCGACGUUUGACUAUUCCAAUUGUGAUAAAACAAAUGGAUGAUAAAGGUUUAAUUGGUCGGCCAGCAUUGAUACGUUUACCGAGUGAAGUUCCUGCUGAAAUACUUUAUAUUGAAGUUGCUAAACUUCAUCCUUAUUCUGAAGAUUUUUCGCUAUCUCUAGUUGAUGGUCAAGGGACUAUGUGCUCUAGAUGUAUGUGGGAUUCACAUUGUACUGGUUGUGUGAUACCUAAAAGUAGUAUGGUUAAGUUCCGGAGCGGCGAUACACUAGCUGUUAUGUUUGAAGAAAAUAUUGAUAUUAAUUUGCUUGAGACUGAAUUGCAUCCAGGGUCUACUGAAGAAAUGCGAUCAAAUAAACCUCUUACAAUAUAUGAUUGCAUUAAUGCUUUUUGUCAAAGUGAACUUCUGGAUGAUAAUAAUCCUUGGUGGUGUCCAUUCUGCCAAAAAAAUCAAUGCGCUACUAAAACACUCUCCAUAUCCAAAUAUCCUAGGUGCUUAAUUGUUUACUUAAAAAGAUUUGUCUUUCAUGAAAAUUGGGGGAUUAAAUUACAAGAUAGUGUAGUUUUUCCUAUAGAUGGUUUAAUUUUGGACAUGAAACAAGAAGUUGUUUAUGAUUUAUAUGCAUGUGUUUGUCAUACUGGAAGUACUUCUAUGGGUCACUAUACAUCAUAUACUAAACAUAUUGAAUCGGAAGAUUGGUAUUAUUAUAAUGAUGAAACUGCUACUAAAACAAUACCAGGACAAGAAGACUAUUGCAAUGCAUAUAUUUUGUUUUAUAAAAAACAAGGAUUACCUGAUGAAGAUGCCGAUUCCUCAGGACUAGAAAAUCGUUCACUUUGAAUAUUAAAUUAAGAAAUAUGGUAAAAUAAUUGCUAUGUACAUGAAAUUUUUACUUAUGUUUAUAGUACUAAAUGAAAAAAAAUUAAGGUAAAGGACUUGCUAACAAU